AUGUAGCAAAGAAUAGAGGAAAUAGCAAAAAAGACCUAGGGUUGCAGUAUCGACAAUCAAAGAAUCUUAAUGUUCUUCUAACAGUUUAGAAAGUAGCAGAAACAUUACAAUGAUUUUGAAUAUUUGGGAAAUGGAUCAUUUGCUUUGGUAAUUAAAGCUUUUAACAAGACUUCUCAAAAGCAUGUAGCCCUAAAAAUUGUUCUAUGCAACUAAAAUGAACCUAACGACGCGGAGUCAGUUUUGAAAGAGUACAAUUUACUUUUGAAGAUUAAGAAUUGUCCGUAUCUUGUUGAUGUUUACAAUCAAUUCUAUGUCUAUGAAGAAAAGAUCUUAAUCGAUGAUUCAGAUGAUGAAGAAUAAAUAGGAGAAAAACCUAAAAAGCAAAAUGAAAUAUUGAAGUCCUUCUUAGUCCUAGAACUCGAGUUUUGCAACACAAAUUUAGCAGACUACUUCAUAUAUUGCAGAGAUAAGAAGCAAUAUCCUGAUAAGAAAAUGAAAGAAAUCCUAACUAUUCAAAUUCUUGAUGGAAUAUCCUUCCUUCAUUAGAAGUAAUUCCUACAUCGAGAUAUUAAGCCAAACAACAUUCUUCUCAAGUUUGAUAACUAAAACAAUCCAAUUAUCAAGAUUUGUGAUUUAGCUUUUGCUUCUUUCAUAUCUCCAAGCUAAUCGAAGAUCCACACUAAACAGAAAGGAACUAAGGAAUAUAUGCCUCCAGAAUCUGAGUCUGACAUAUGGAGAAAAGAAAGUGACUUAUUCUAAGUUGGGAUAGUUCUAUUAGAACUUGAUAACAUUGAAAAAUUCGACUUCUUGAAGACCACAGAAAAUGAAAGGUAUGCUCUUAGAAACGGUUAAAUAUUCCCAACCUAAUCUCUUGACAGAAAAUCUAACAUUUUCGAAAUUGCUUAAACUUUCUUGAAUCCUAACUUUAAAGCACGUUAAUCUGCUUAAAUGUUUCUUGAAUAGCUUAUUUGGAAAGAUUAGUAAUAUCAAAAUAUAGAAUUGAGUUCUAUCAUCAUAAUGCCAUAAUUAGGGAAGAAAGUGCAUGAAAUACUCAAUAGCAAUGCUCAAUAAGAAUAAGAUCUUAAUUUAAGCUAAAAUAUUCAAGAAUCUAUGAUGAAGUCCUAAAUCAUGCACAAGGUAAGCUAGAUCAAUUAAUAAAGUAAAAACUAAAUCAGUUAGGUUUAAAAUUCUGUUUAAGCCAUGUCAUAAUCUUAGAUUUAUUAGGAUUAAAUUUAGAUCUUGCUGAAUGAUUACUAAAACUUGAAAAUAUAAAGAAUUUUUACAGAAGAGGAGUUGAAAAAAGCAAUGCUCUAACUGUUUAACAAUAAAAAUUAUAGUAAGAGCUUUUAUCUUAUCAAUUAAGGAGGUAAAGGAGUUAUUAUUGGAGGAUAUAAUUUAAAAGAUAAAAGAGAUUGUGUACUGAAAAUAUAAAAGGUUUAAUCAAAAUCUAGAAUAAUAAAAGAAACCGGCAUUCUUAAAUCCUGUUAAAUGGAUUUAAUUAUCAAAUUAUAUGAUUCAUUUUAUCUUAAUGUCAUUUAAAAGGAGGAUUUUAUCGUAUAUGAGCUAGAAAAGUGCUCUUGCGACCUUAAAUCUUACUUAGAAAAAAUGCAAAAUGAUUAACAAUUUACUUAAAAAAUUAAAGAAGAAAUUGCUAUUUAAAUGAUAGAUUCUGUUAAUUACAUACAUCAACAUAAUAUCAUCCACAGAGAUAUUAAGCUUUAAAAUUUUUUAGUUUAAGAAAGUAAUAGCUCUAUCCCAAUAAUCAAAUUAAGUGACUUUGAUGAGGCUGAUUAUUUAGGAUCAGAUUAUGUGAUAGAUUUAGAUCAUUUUUAUUUUACUGGAGAAUUUAUUAUAAAAUUUUUCAAAGAACCUAAUUGCGAUGGGUGUGGAACAUUUGGUUUUUGGGCACCUGAGCAAAUAUAUCAGAAGGAAUCAACAAAAGAAAGUGAUGUAUUUAGUCUAGGAAUAUCUUUAUCUUUGUUAGAUAAUUUUUAAAAAUUACAACCUGUAUAUCACUUAGAAUGUUUGAAAUUCGGUAAAGAAUUUGUGGAACCUUUUCAACCUUAUAAAGGUGAACUAGAUAUAAUAAAUAGACUAACAUAAAUUUAUUAGAAAGCUAUUAUGCACUCUUUAGUUUAUGAUAAACAUAAAAGAAAAAAUUUAUCAUAAAUUUUAGAUGGUUUUAGAUAAAAUUAUUUUUCUAAAGAGAUAAACAAAAUUGUAUAUUAUCUUAAAAUAAGGGCAAGGGAAAAAUAAAUUGAUGCAGAAGGAGCAAAACAUAUUGGAAUGAACUUAGAAAAGUGUAAAAAUAUAACUUCUUUGAAUCUCAAUCUUGCGGGGAAUGGAUUUGGUGCAGAAGGAGCAAAACAUAUUGGGAUGAGCUUAGAAAGGUGUCAAAAUAUAACUUCUUUGAAUCUAGAUCUAUAGGGUAAUGAAAUUGGUGUAGAAGGAGUAAAACAUUUUGGAAUGAGCUUAGAAAAGUGUCAAAAUAUAAAUUCUUUGAAUCUCAAUCUUACGGGGAAUGAAAUUGGUGCACAAGGAGCAAAAAAUAUUGGAAUGAGCCUAGAAAAGUGUAAAAAUAUAACUUCUUUGAAUCUCAAUCUUGUGGGAAAUGAAAUUGGUGCAGAAGGAGCAAAACAUAUUGGAAUGAGCUUAGAAAGGUGUCUAAAUAUAACUUCAUUGAAUCUCGAUCUUGGUCAAAACAAAAUUGGUGCAGAAGGAGCAAAAUAUAUUGGAAUGAGCUUAGAAAAGUGUCAAAAUAUAACUUAUUUGAAUCUCAGUAUAUUGGAAAACAACAUUGGUGCAGAAGGAGGAAAAUAUAUUGGAAUGAGCUUAGAAAAGUGUCAAAAUAUAACUUCUUUGAAUCUCAAUCUUGUGAAAAACAAUAUUGGUGCAGAAGGAGCAAAACAUAUUGAAAUGUGCUUAGAAAAGUGUCAAAAUAUAACUUUUUUGAGUCUCAAUCUAGGGAUAAGCAACAUUGGUGCAGUAGGUGCAAAACAUAUUGGAAUGAGCUUAGAAAAGUGUCAAAAUAUAACUUCUUUGAAUCUCAAUCUAUUGGGUAAUGAAAUUGGUGCAGAAGGAGCAAAACAUAUUGGAAUGAGCUUAGAAAAGUGUAAAAAUAUAACUUCUUUGAAUCUCAAUCUUACGAAAAACAAGAUUGGUGCAGAAGGAGCAAAACAUAUUGGAAUGAGCUUAGAAAAGUGUCAAAAUAUAAUUUCUUUGAAUUUCAAUCUUGGGAUAAACAACAUAGGUAUAGAAGGAGCAAAAUAUAUUGGAAUGAGCUUAGAAAAGUGUCUAAAUAUAACUUCUUUGAAUCUCAAUCUUACGGGGAAUGAAAUUGGUGCAGUAGGAAUAAAACAUAUUGGAAUGAGCUUAGAAAAGUGUCAAAAUAUAACUUCUUUGAAUAUCGAUCUUGUGGAAAACAACAUUGAUGCAGAAGGAGCAAAACAUUUUGGAAUGAGCUUAGAAAAGUGUAAAAAUAUAACUUCUUUGAAUCUCAAUCUUUCAUGUAAUAUUAUUGGUGUAGAAGGAGCAAAACAUAUUGGAAUGAGCUUAUAAAAGUGUCAAAAUAUAACUUCUUUGAAUCUCAGUUUAAUAAAAAGCAACAUUGGUGCAGAAGGAGCAAAACAUAUUGGAGUGAGCUUAGAAAAUUAUCAAAAUAUAACUUCUUUGAGUCUCAAUCUAUGGCUAAACAACAUUGGAAUAGAAGGAGCAAAAUAUAUUGGAAUGAGCUUAGAAAAGUGUCAAAAUAUAACUUCUUUGAAACUCAACCUUGUGGAAAACAACAUUGGUGCAGAAGGAGCAAAACAUAUUGGAAUGAGCUUAGAAAAGUGUCAAAAUAUAACUUCUUUGAAUAUCAAUCUUGCGGGGAAUGAAAUUGGUGCAGAAGGAGCAAAACAUAUUGGAAUGAGCUUAGAAAAGUGUCAAAAUCUUAAUUCUUUGAUUCUUAUUAUCUGGAAUGGAAAUAAUUUGAAUGAAACAAUAUUUUAGAAUUUAAACUAAAUUUCUAGUAAGCUUUAAUUAUUAAAUGAAUUAAAGAUUCUUUGA